CCCCCAGCUCCCUGCUGGCUGCCCCUGGCCGUGGGUCCCUGCCGCGCCGCGGUGCCGCGCUUCUGGUUCAACCACACCGGCGGCUCCUGCCAGGCCUUCGCCUACGGCGGCUGCGACGGCAACGCCAACAACUUCGCCACGGAGCGGGAAUGCCGGGAGCGCUGCGCCUCCCGCCGCUCCUUGCCUGGGCCCAGCGCUGCCUCCAGCUAUGCCGGUAACCACCUCCCCCCCCCUU